AUGGCCAAUGUCCAGCUACCUCUUGAGUCAGAAAGCACCUCACCUUACCUGGACCAAGCAUGGAGCUCAUGGGCCAAGGUUCGAGAACUCCAAAAUGGAAAGAUAGUUCAUUUGGAUGGCGAGAACCUGGAUAUCCCGAGCGUUGUUGCUGUUGCUCGAUUCCAUGGCCGUGCCGCCGUCAAUCCUGAUAUUGAUAUUGCUGGGCGUGUGAACUCGGGAGUCAGAUGGCUUCGGGAGUAUCUUCAGAAGGGAUACCAGGUUUAUGGCGUAACCACCGGCUUUGGCGGAAGUGCUGAUGCACGCACUCUGGACUUCCACAGCCUUCAAGCUGCGCUGUUGCAACUUACCCAAACGGGCGUCCUGGCAGAGUCGGAUCUCUCGCCUGAGAAGGGCAGCUAUGACAUUGGAUUUCAUAGCAUGCCCGUCACAUGGGUACGCGCCACGAUUCUCAUUCGUUGCAAUCAUCUGAUGCGGGGGCAUUCUGGCGUUCGCUAUGAGAUUAUCGACAACCUGCUCAAGUUGCUCAGUCUUGGGUUGACUCCAAUUGUUCCACUGCGAGGCUCGAUCUCAGCCUCCGGGGACCUUAUGCCCUUGGCGUACAUUGCUGGAAUUCUGGAAGGCAAUCCCGAUAUCAAAGUGCAUUGGGAUAAGGACAAUAACGGCUCUCCAAUUGUCAUUUCUGUUCCGGAGGCAUUGCACAUCGCAGGCCUCGAACCGAUUAUGUUGGGUCCCAAGGAAGGGCUAGGCUUGCUCAACGGGGCUGCAGCGUCUGCAGCGGUGGCAAGUCUGGCUGUGCAUGAGACCCACCAGCUGGCUAUUCUGACGCAGGCACUUGUUGGGAUGUCUUGUGAGGCUAUAUUGGGCAAUGCCGAAAAUUAUCAUCAUUUUGUUGCCUCCAUCCGGCCUCACAGAGGCCAGAUAGAGGUUGCUCGAAAUAUACGAAACUUUGUGCGUGGGACAUCUCUUCUAGAGACGUCCGAGACAAAGGAUCGCACGCGCCCAGGCUUAUUCCAAGAUCGGUAUGCGCUACGUGGUGCGUCGCAGUGGCUAGGUCCUGGUCUUGAAGAUCUUCUUCUCAGUAUCAAACAGCUGAGUACGGAGUUAAACUCCACACAAGAUAACCCUGUGAUCGAUACAGUGUCAGGAGAAGUGUAUUCGGGAUGCAAUUUCCAGGCGGCAUCAGUUACAACGGCAACCGAGAAGACACGUCUGGCUUUGCAAAUGAUGGGCAAAAUGCUGUUUAGUGUCUCUAGUGAACUGAUCAACCCCGAUCUCAACAACGGGCUACCUCCCAGUCUCGCGGCUGAUGAUCCGAGUCUGUCAUUUACGAUGAAGGGAGUCGACAUCAACAUGGCCGCGUAUAUGUCGGAGCUUGCCUACUUGGCAAAUCCAGUGUCGUCGCAUGUCCAAUCUGCAGAAAUGAACAAUCAGCCGAUCAAUUCACUCGCCUUAAUAUCCUCGAGAUACACCAUGCAAGCAGUCGAAGUUUUGUCUCUCAUGUGCGCCGCCCAUCUCUACGUCGUCUGCCAGGCCCUCGAUCUCCGAAUCUUGAACAUCCGGUUCCUAGAUGCUCUUGACGAGACCAUCGGCAAAGUUGUGCGCGAAAUCUGGGACAGACUUGCAGAAGAGCAAGUCAAUCCAUUGCUAGAGAACUUAUCGAAAGUCGCUCGUGGUUCCUGGAAACACUCUGCGCGAGAAAACAUUCAGGUCCGCGCAAACCUGCUUGCAAAGGAUGUCACACACUCCUUGGUCGAUGCUGCCGAGCAGUAUGGUGUGAGGUCUUCUCAUCUCCAGGAUGGCAUUGCGACUAUAUCGGAGAUCAAGACUCGCAUCGCUUCCGAGUGCGAGCAUCUAUUCCAGAAGAUGCGAACUGCAGCCUUCGCAGAGCCACAAACCGGCGCAUAUCUGGGCAGAGGGACGAAACUGCUCUAUCAAUUUGUUCGACACGAGCUCAGGAUUCCCUUUCAUACGGGACUGGCUGAGCACCCGACUGUGAAGGAGGAGUUUGGACUCAAUCGUGAGCGCAAGACGAUUGGGUCUUCCAUUUCCACUAUUUAUGACGCGAUUCGCGGGGGCCAAAUCACUACUCCGUUGGUGGGACUGGCGAGUUGUUUUGACUAG